UUUAACAAUAUGCUAACCCUACAAACCCAUGUUUAGAAAAUUGAUAUGAAAUGUGCCAAACAUGGAGGUUACAGUAUGUUUGAACUCAAAAGGAAAGCUUUUAAUUGAGGGACUAAAAUUGAAUCAUAUAUAAUUAAAGAAAAUAAUAAAGAAAAUAAAGAUUGCAGCUCAACUGUAACAAACCUUCUGUUUUUGAAUAAAUUCAGACCUAUUUACAGUUUGUUUAAUGAGGACCAUAAGGAAGUUGAUUUCAGAAAGGUAAUUCAUUCACUAUAUGUUAGUUUGCACUGGAUUAAGGACAGUGCCGAAAUAGGUUUAGAGAUCCAACAGAACAGAAAUUACUAAUCUCAGAGGGCCAUUCUUUUCGGCAUUGCUCCACAUAGAAAGAAUGCAGAGAAUAAAUAGAAGUUAAAAUGUCAAUAAGAUAGGAUCAAAAUUAAAUAAAUCAUAUUAAAAUGUACAGCCUAAGGGCCUUUUUAUGUUUGGGGCUUUGUUGUUCCUCACCCAGCCCAGUUUAAGGUCAACAUCAUGUAUCCAAAAUGUUCACACAGACCCACUGGAUUGAAAUGAGGGGCUGGGACAUCCUGUUCCUCUUCAGGCCUCCUUGGUUUUUGUCACACUGACAUUAGAAGGCCAACACAGAGAAUCGCUAUGGCACAAUUUCCUAACUGUAACCAAGGAAGGUCCAUCCUUGUGAGUGGCUGGAAAAGGCUGUGUACCUCCCCUGCUCAGCGCCGUCUCUCCUCCAGGCCUGCAGGGGGCGGCAGAGCACGUCAGCUUGCUGACAGGAAGUGACCGUGACGGACGGGCAGCAUGACUGCUGCGGAGCGCUCACCUUUAGCAGCUUGUCAACUUACCUAAGAUGUUCAUGUAGUUAUUUACUGUAGUCGGACUGAACCGUCUGUCAGUAUCUGUGUGGAGCAGCACACUUGGAAUUACCAUGGAGCCCGCAAUAUAUCCAGUGUGGCAGAGGGUCUUUCACCGGUUCUACAGAGGCUUGACCCUUCCUAAGAGGAGCCAUUCAAGUUGUGCCGACCCUGCGACUCCGUCUCCAUCUAGACGCAGCCAACCCACACUGCUGGUGUCCCGCCUUUACCAACCCGCAAACCUGCGGGAUGUGGGACAAGACAGCCGGCUUUCAGUAGAGAUGACCUGUAAGAGCCAGAGACUCAUGCAACAGGCAGGGCUUAUCCAUCCAUCCAACCCAGGGUGCUACUACUAUCUUCCUGCCACUGUACGCUCCAUGGAGAAACUGGUGAGAGUAAUUGAUCAAGAAAUGCAGGCGAUUGGUGGUCAGAAGAUAGACAUGCCCAGUUUGUGUUCAGCGGACCUGUGGAAGACCAGUGAGCGCUGGGAUUUGAUGGGCAAGGAACUGUUCCGCCUGAAGGACCGCCACGACGCCGAUUACUGCCUGGGUCCCACACACGAGGAGGUGGUGACAACUCUCAUUGCCCACCAGGCGAAUCUCUCUUACAAGCAGCUCCCUCUCCUUCUUUAUCAAAUCACUCGGAAAUUCAGAGAUGAGCCAAAGCCAAAGUUUGGUCUUCUUCGUGGGAGAGAGUUUUACAUGAAGGACAUGUACUCAUUUGAUGUGAGUGAAGAAGCUGCUUACCAGACCUACGAAUCUGUAUGCCAGGCAUACACGCAGCUCUUUGCCAGGUUGGGACUGCGCUGCGUCCAGGUGCAGGCUGACACGGGAAACAUUGGUGGGAAGUUAUCCCACGAGUUCCAGCUGCCGGCAGACAUCGGUGAAGACCGUCUUCUAGUUUGUGGAAGCUGCUCUUUCUCUGCCAACGUGGAGACCAUGUCAUCGGAUAUCAGUGCCUGCCCCCAGUGCAAAACUGGAACACUUGUAGAGUCAAAGGGUAUAGAAGUAGGUCACACCUUUUACUUGGGGAAAAAGUACUCCCAUAUAUUUAAAGCCAGCUUUAGUAAUGCCCAGAACAAACCGAGUAUUGCUGAGAUGGGCUGCUUUGGUCUUGGGGUCACUCGAAUUCUUGCUGCUGCAAUAGAGGUGAUGUCAACAGAAGAAGGGAUCCGCUGGCCAGGGCUCAUUGCUCCUUAUCAGGUGUGUGUCUUACCACCUAAAAAGGGCAGUAAAGCAGACGAAGCAGGAGUGGUGGCAGAGGAGCUGGUUCAUUCUUUGGGAAACACACUGCCCCAUUUGAGAGGUGAAGUUGUUUUUGAUGACCGCACACAGAUGACCAUUGGAAAGAGGCUGAAGGAUGCCAGCAGACUGGGUUACCCAUAUGUUAUUGUAGUGGGACAGGGAGCUUUGGAGGACCCACCUACAUUUGAGGUAAUGUGUCAGCAGACAGGUGAAACCAUGUUUCUCAGUAAAGAUGGACUACUAGAUCUACUGGGAAGAGUAGAAACAGUAUGAGCAACACUGAAUGUGGAAUGAUGUCCAUACUUGUCUAAGGACCUGGCCAACAGACAUUUAAUCUUUUUUUAACGGUUGUAUUCACACACUGAGGUUUAGUCCAGCAUAGCUCUUGGAUGAUAAAAACAUUUGGGUUUCAUGUGAAAGACGAGAACCACAGCUCUGCUGUUUGUUUUUGUGCAUAAAACAUUGUCUUCGGGAUGAAUGCUCUUUUGAUUUAUCUAUGUUUAUAUCUGUUUAUCAACUUUCAUGGUACAAAUCAUUGCUGGUAUUUCAUGAAUAUGUAAAUAAAACCAUCAUGGUGCUUUGGGAAAUGUAAAAAAUAAGUUUAUAGUUUUGUGAUGGGAGACUGUUGAGUGAAAAUAAAGAGUUUGAA